GAAGCCGCGCUCGUGGUCCAAAUGCGCUGGAAGUGGCGCUAGCUCAGCCUCGCAGCUUCGCUGACUUGCUGCAAUGUCCUCUUCCAAGAGGAAAAGCAAGAAGCGGCCUCCUUCAGAAAAGGACUCCGCUCUUGCCGAACCGGACGCAGCCCAAGAUAAGCUCGCGUGGCUGAGUUUGUCAGCUGCAGACUUUCUGGAUAAGGAAGAUGACAAAGUCCCCAAAAUGUACAGAGGAUCUCUUGUGCAACUGGCACUCAACAACAUGAAACUGGCAAAUAUUUGCAUAGGGCGUCCUGUGCUGCUUACCAGUAAAAAUGGCAAACAAGAGGUUUGCACGGCAUGGCCUGUUGGAGGCUUCCCUGGUAGAAAAAUUGGCUUAAGUGCAAUUACACAGAAGAAUCUGAAAGUGAUACCUGGUGAUGUGGUCUUUGUCCAGCCUGUGACUGGUGCUGUAAUUCAGGCAGAGGAAGUGGAAGUAAAGCUGGGGGUUAAAGAUGGCUGUAUCAGUACUGAAGAUUUGUCCAUUAGCCUCUUAAGAAACUUAGAUGAAAAGAUAGUAUUACCAGGCAACUUCCUGCAAAUUACUUUUUAUGGCCGAUCUUGUGACCUAAAGGUUACAAGGGUGAAAGGAAUGGAUGGUGUGGUGCUGAAAAUGCAAGGUGUUUUAAAGACACCACAGGAAUUGUCACUGGAGAAUUCAGAUAGCAGUCAUUUCAAUUUAUCUAUUGAACUUGGAAAACUAGUAAUAACAGACAAUAAAGUAUCUACCAGUACUCCAUGUAAGCAGGAGGAUCAUAGCAUAUCUGUGAACGAUUCUUUAAAUAUUGUGGGGCAUGAAGAAUUGAGUCCGGAUCCACCAGAGAUUCUUGAUUGUGAUGUGGCUGUCGUCUCUAAUCUUCAUUCUGAAUCAACUAUAUCACAAGGUGGUGAGAAAGGUUUUGCAGGUGAAGAACUACCUUUGGCUGAUAAAACAGGACUAUCACAGAAUUGGGAAACAUUUUACUUCAUAUCUUCAAGGACUAGGAUCAGUUUCAUUCAACCACAAGCCAAAGUGACAGAAGAAUACGAUCUUGAACCAAAAGUUACUUAUGAUUCAAUAGGUGGACUCAAUAACCAGCUAAAAACUGUAAGAGAAAUGAUUGAACUUCCCUUGAAGCAGCCCGACCUAUUUAGGAAAUAUGGAAUCCCACCUCCAAGAGGAGUGCUAUUAUAUGGUCCUCCAGGUACAGGAAAGACAUUGCUAGCCAAAGCAAUUGCAAAUGAGGUUGAAGCUCACUUCUCUACAAUUAAUGGUCCAGAAAUAAUAAGCAAAUUUUAUGGAGAAAGUGAAGCCAAGCUGCGACAGAUAUUUUCUGAGGCAACUUUACGGCGACCAUCCAUUAUAUUUAUUGAUGAAAUUGAUGCACUCUGUCCAAAGAGAGAAGAAGCCCAGAAUGAAGUUGAAAAAAGAAUUGUAGCAUCAUUGUUAACACUAAUGGAUGGCAUUGGAUCAGAAGGUAAUGAAGGGCAACUCUUAGUUCUUGGAGCCACCAACCGCCCUCAUGCACUAGAUUCAGCCCUGCGCAGACCAGGACGUUUUGAUAAAGAGAUAGAAAUUGGAGUUCCCAAUUCUCAAGAUCGACUAGACAUCUUGAGGAAGAUUCUCAGUAAGACUCCUCAUUCAUUGACGCUAACAGAUUUGACUCAACUGGCAGACAGUGCCCAUGGAUAUGUAGGAGCAGACCUAGCAGCACUGUGCAAGGAAGCAGGAAUGCAUGCUUUGCGGAGAAUACUUCAUAAGAAAGAGAAUCUCCUAGAUGAUGAUGUGUCUGUAUCUGUAAUUAUUAAUCGCAGUGAUUUCCUGCAGGCAAUGAAUGAUGUCAGGCCCAGUGCCAUGAGAGAAGUGACAAUUGAUGUACCCAAAAUAUCCUGGUCAGACAUAGGAGGGCUGGAAGAUGUCAAACUGAAAUUAAAACAAGCUGUUGAAUGGCCACUGAAGCAUCCUGAAUCUUUCAUUCGAAUGGGCAUUCAGCCACCAAAAGGAGUACUUCUGUAUGGACCUCCAGGAUGCUCUAAAACUAUGAUUGCUAAGGCCUUGGCUCACGAAAGUGGUCUAAACUUUUUGGCAGUGAAGGGACCUGAAUUGAUGAACAAAUAUGUUGGGGAAUCUGAACGUGCAGUCAGAGAGAUAUUUAGGAAAGCCAGAGCUGUUUCACCGUCCAUAUUGUUCUUUGAUGAAAUAGAUGCCUUGGCUGUAGAACGGGGAAGCUCUUCAAGUUCUGCGAAUGUUACUAACCGUGUCUUGGCACAAUUGUUGACUGAAAUGGAUGGGAUAGAACAGUUAAAGGAUGUGACAGUUUUGGCAGCUACAAACCGGCCAGAUAUGAUAGACAAG